AGACGCUGAUCAAGUCCCCGGACUCUGUCACUCUCCAGCUGGAGACUGGUCUUCAGGAGGAGAUUCUGGAGGUUUGGGAUCAAGUGGUGAAAAUAACAGCACAGAUUGAGAAGAAAAGGAAGAAAGAGAAGGUUAUCUCCCAUCAUGACGCCUUCCUUAUGCUCUUCACAUAUGUUGGCCUGUCACUCUUCUCCGAGCCCGAGAGUGUCGUUACAGUCAUGGAGGAUCUCCGUCUGUUAUGAGAAAGCUACACAGAAGAAGAAGGUCAAGCAUGAUGAUGAGCCUGCAUGGAUGGAGGUGGUUACUGAGGUCCUGGUCAGUAUGAUGUCACAGAGGUCGAACCUGACUCGCAUCAUCGCCAACACUGUCUUCACGGCACUUCAGAGCAAUCUGACCAGGGAAGCUCUCGGCAUCAUCAUUACUGCACUGCAGCCAAAUAAAAGUGCAGAUGAAGAGAAGGAAAUGUUAGCCUUUGAGGAUGAUGAGGUGAUGGACGCCGACUCUGUGACAGACGUCACCACGACAACAGAUGACAACAAUGAGGAGAGCAGAGAUGACGACAGCGAGGAGGAGAGCAGCGCAGAUGAGGAGCCUGAAGUCCCAGUGGAUGAGGCGUUGCGGGAGACGGUGAAAGUUGCCCUGGGGAAGGCCGCUGUAGAUGAUGAGGAUGAGGAUGAAGAAGAGAGUGAGUCUGACCUCAGUGAAACUGAGAUGCUGAAGUUAGACGCGAAGCUGGCUGUGGUGUUCAGGAGCUUGAAGAAAGCACGUUCCCAGAAGCAGAAGGAAAAGCGAAGGCAGAUCCUGCUCUUCAAAUCCAGAUUGUUGGACCUGGUAGAGAUAGUGGUGAAGGGUCAGCUGUUGGCCUCGCACGCCAUGGAUGUGGUGGAGCUGUUACUGCAGCUAAUGGAGGCCGGACAUCGACGGAAGGAGGAGAAACAGCUUGGGGACAGGGCAUUCGGAAUCUUUCGACGUCUUGCCAAGAAACAGAAAGAGAUAAAGAGUGAUCCUGAGUUGGAGAAGACCAGUGCCUUUGUGAUGAUUGACAACCUGAUACAGUACUCCCGGAAAGCGCACAGCCAGGAUCUGGUGAAGGCUAUCUCUGAUGCAUGUCUUGUCAUAAUCCGUCUCUUGAUUCACCAAAAACUUGAUGCGCCUCCAUCUGUGAAGACGAGGUCAAAGUCAAAGUCAGAUAGCGCAUCAGUUGACAAAGAGGAAGCGGACCUCCCGGAGGUGCUGGACAAAGUGAGGUCGUCCCUGUCAGACUUCCUGUACAGGCGGGAUCAUCAUCUACACAUGGUGUUCUUCCACAACAUGCUGAACAAACAUCCAAUGAUGUUCUGGCCACUGACUGACCUCCUUCUGCAAUCUCUCAACGAUGCCAAGGUCAAGGUUCACUCCAAGACCCAGGCCUGUUCUCUCUUGUCAGCUCUAUUCUCAGCAGGGAAGAACCUGCCCCGUGAUGUUGGAGAUGACCAUUGGGGUCAGUUCUCAUCCACGCUGUCCACAACGCUGCACACGCUGCUGCUGAGACUGUCGGUGGAGAGCAUCAAACCCAAGUUCACGCUGGAGCUGCUGCAUGUUGUCGUCCGCCUCUCCAUCAUCCACCCAGACACGGCACGCCAGGUUGCAACCAAUGAAGUGACAGAGAAGCUGACGGGACUCAAGUCUCACCUCAACAAGGAUGCUCGCAGCAUGUGUAACCGUCUUCUGAACUUCACCAGGCAAAAGACUGGCAAAAAACAGAAGCAGAGAAAAAAGAAGAUGAAAAACUCUGGCCAACAAAAUGGGGAUGUAGUGGAGAACAUGGCUGAACUCACCUUGAUCAAUGGGGCAGGAGGAGAUAACUCUAGCGACCUCCUCUCGGAUUCCGUGACAAGUACCAUGUCGGUGGACAGUGACAGUCCUCGCAAACGGAGGUCCUCAGAUGAGGUGGAUGCCACGUCUGCUGGGAGUUCCAGAAAGAAGAAAAAGCCAGGGGAAAAAACAGAAAUAAUUAGAGAUGAUAAUGAAUAAUUUUUUUACAUGAAAUAAGACGUAAUGGGAUUGAUAUCACCUCUGUGAGUCUUGUGAAUGGGUGGAAGGAAUUGUAGGAAGAAAGUUGGUGGACAAUGUAUGAGUGUUGAUGAAUCCAAUCACUAUUUUACCCAGCAUCUUCUCAGAGCAAUGUCGGGGUCAAGUGGGUAGCCCAGUGGUUAAAGCUGGCUCGCCACGCCCGAAGACCCGGUUCAAUCCCCACAUGGGUACAAUUUGUAGAAGCCCAUUUCUGGUGUCCCCCGCCGUGAUGUUGCUGGAAUAUUGCUAAAAGUGGCGUGAAAACCAAACUCAGUCAGUCAGUCAGUCACAGCAAUGUCAGAAAUUCUACUGAUUGUGGGUUUGAAUUUCAGUUCUAAGUUUGUGUCAAGGUUUGCCAUCUUUAUACCUGUCCUUGUGGGUUUCACUGGAAGUGAUUCCCCCACAUGGGUACUUUCACUCUCCUACCCAGAGUUCCGUGCGGCGGCAAGCCAGCAUAGUACCUCUCCGCCACAGGCCAAAAA